AUGGAUUCAGAAUCAACACCACCUAGUCAUACAUCUAUGGAGUACGAAAAUAAUUUGAAUUCCAAUGCUCAAAAUCAAGAGGAUCAACAAGAACGAAACAAUCGAGAUUCCGAGUCUAUCUCUCAGUUAAUUGAGAUACCUAAUUCUGUUCUGUUAAUUCAAAUUAUUGAUGAUGAUAUAAUUGAAUUUUAUGACAUUUCACCUCAUGUUGAAUGCAAUGAAUCAAUCAUGUGUUUCAAAAGAAAAGCAGAGAACACUCACAUUUUUAAAGACGGAUUAAAAAAACCAUGGUUACAUUAUGCGUGUGGUUUACAAACUAAUUCUAAUUCGGCUCUAGAAGAAAAAGAAAUUGAAAAUCAAAAUCAACCUCAAGAAGGUAGAAUUUUAAAAAUCCCUGAAACAGUGGGUCAUAUAAAAUUAAUGAAUGAAGAUAUUAUUUAUGAGAAGCUAGUUACUAAUGAUGAAAAAAAAUUAAUGAUGGUUCUAAGAUUGAAAUAUAGGAGGAAAUCGGUUGAUAAACCCUUAACAUAUGCUCAAUUUAUCAAAAAGCAUCCUUUUAGUUUUACUUUUUUUACAUUUUGGUGUUGUGCUUUCAUUGGAUCGAUUAUUUUUAAUGUUUAUUAUGGUUAA